CGGUUCUAUUCGAGUUGCAGAGUCGUCGUAGUGGAGCUGUAGUCGCCGGGGAGAAAUUAGGAUGCUUCGCGGCAGAGGCUCGUGGGUCGGAUUGGCGACCCGGUUGAGACACUACAGGAUCCGACGUCUCUGCACUAAAGGAGAGAACGGUGGGAAGAAGACGGAAUCUAGUGUUGUUGCUCAGCACAGCGAGACUGAAUCUAAUGUUGUUGUUUCUCGCUACGAUGAGACGUACAAGAAACUGGAUAAGCUCGAUUUCGUGACAGCUGCGAAGAUCUUGUUCACUGAACCACCCAAGAAGAAUAAAUUUGGGCUUGACUGGCAUGUGGUGCAAUUCAUUAUCGUCUGCUUGCCCUCUCUAGCUGUGUAUCUGGUUGCUCAAUAUGCUCGCCGUAAAAUGAAGAUCAUGGACGCUGAACUUGGGGAGAAGAAGAGUAAAGAAGAUGAAAAGAAAGAGAAGGAAGAAGCUGAAAAGAAGGCCUUAGAAGAAGCAGCAGCAACCAAGUCUCAGGAUGAGCUAAUGGAGAUGAAACAGAGACUGGGAAAAAUCGAAGAGACAAUAAAAGAGAUUGUUUCGGAAGCAAAGAAACCUUCAGGGAAUGCUCCAACCAAAACACAAGGAGACCAAUCUACUAAACCCCCACCAAAAGAAGAAUCAAAACCGAAUAAUGUGGAACAGAAGGGCAAUGUACAUAAGCCUGUUGAGAAUCAAACAAAUGUCGAUUCUCCUAGGCCUCAGUGAGAUUAUUAGAAAGGAAACUUAGUUGGUAGAUGAAGAAGGAUUAUACUCUUAUGUGGGUGGUUUUGUUUGCUUUUGGAACUAAAGCAUUAGUCAAUGCAAUUCUCUUAUUUUG